CUCGAAAGGACCACAGCCAGACUUGCAGAGAUCGAAGCUCGCAAUGAGCAAAUGCGCGUCGAACUUGCGCAGUCUGCAAGCCAAUCAUCCGGCAGAAGCACUGCUGUUGAAGACGAGCCAGCUUACCUCCGUCUGCGCUCUGAGAACUCGUCACUUCUUCGCCGCAUUGACAACGCCCGCUAUGACAAAGAGUCCGAAACAAGUGCACUCGAAAGCAAACUCCGCGGCAUCGAGCGGGAGGUUGGCGCAUUGAAAGCGGACCGUGAGUCUCUACAAGCUCGGGUACAGAAAUGGAGCGAUUACGAUGAAGUCAAACGGGAGCUAGAGAUGCUGCGCUCCAUCGAAUUUGCUGCAGUCGACGAAGCAGAUCUGGAGCCCACAGAGGCGCCAUCUGCGAAUGGCAAUGCCGACAAAUCAAAGGGCGAAACGCUGGAGCAACUUCUCAUCGCACGAAACAAGAAAUUGAGCAAUGAGUUGACAGACCUCCGCGUCUCGAACAAUGAGCUGCAAAAGCGGCUUGAAGAACUGCAGGAGGACUUCUCGACGGCAAACGCCGAUCUUGAGAAAGCACAGAAUCUCAAUGCUUCGCUUGAGAAUGACCUGCAGCGGACGCAACAAGAGGCCUCAAACGCGUUUGAGACAAUGUCCGUCGCAGGCACCUACACAUCACGAUUCCCCAAAUCAGCGUACGGCAGCAGGCGAGGCGGUGCCACAUCGCCAACCUCUUCCAUCAUAGGAGGAUUCGAUCCAUCCUCAGGCUCAGGCCCAUCACUCCGACCAGGCGAAGGCGUAGAAGAAGAUCGGAGAGCUCGAGCAAGAGCUGCAAAAGCAAUACCAGACGGUCAGCACCCUGCGCUCCGAAGUCUCAAGCCUGCAAAAGGACAACCUCAACCUCUACGAGAAAACACGCUACGUCUCGACCUACAACCGCGGCGCCCAGCCUUCGACAUCGGGAAGCGCCUACGGCUCCAACCCCAACCCGUCCACCAUCCAAGUCUCCUCAGACAACACUUCCUCAGGCCUAUCACUAGACCGCUACCGCUCGACGUACGAAAGCAACAUCUCCCCCUUCGCCGCUUUCCGCGGCCGCGAGAGCGCACGAGCCUUGAAACGCAUGAGCUUGCCCGAGCGGCUUGUCUUCCAGAUCACGCGCCUUGUGCUGCAGACGCGGACGAGCAGGAACUUGUUUGCGAUGUAUUGCCUGGCGCUGCACUUGCUCGUCUUCACCAUGCUAGUCUUUCGAUGCGGGACGUUGUUCGAUUUUGGUUUGAUGGCAGAGCUAGUGCAAUUUGGCAAAGGAAAUCAAUUGACAAACCAGCGACCAGAUACACACCGACGAAGGCAGACCGCCAAAUGUCUCCAAGAAGCGACUCGAUAGAAAAAAAACCUGCUGUCAGCGUCAAUGCGAACCGCCAAAGACAAGACAAGUAUACAUCGGCUAAAGCAACAAAACACGCGACAACUCUUCGCGAAUCGGGCCUGGCCGCUCUACGACAAAGCCGAUUGGAUGCAAACAAUAUGCAAGUCAUUCGGUCGGACCGUCGUCUGGAAGCGCUGGCGUGGACCUUCUUCUCGACGCUUGUGAGCCUGUCGUUAGCCGCUGACGGCCUGAAAGUGGGGCUGGAGGCUGAGAGGUACAAUUCUUUGGUUGUGGCUGGGUGUUGGACGAAGAAUGGUGUUGCCGUCGCUGACUGGAGACUUUUUCGAUCACUUUCCGAGACCGUCACCAGAUUUUCGACUUUAAUCCGGCCUCCAGGUUUAGUUAAGCAUCCGAUUGAAACACUAGUACCAGAGCCGCCCGAAGGCCAUCCUACCGUCCAUCCUGCCGCCCAGCCUGCCGUGUUAUACAGCCAAUCAACCACUCGACCGGUAUACCUCUUCAACUUUAACGCCGUCCUACGCGCCGGGCGGCAAGCCGCAUUGCAUCGAACAAGGGUCACCAAGCCGCACGUCGUACAGCUUCAAGCCAUGUAUAUAGCAGGGCAGAACACGGCGCUUGACGGGGCAGGAAACAUAGCCUCGUCUUUUUCUGUCUUGUCUCAUCUUGCUCGUCCUCCUCCUCUCGAUCGUCUCCAUUGUCGAAACAGUCCAUCGAUCAUCGCUUGGGAAGGAAGACAGACAAUCGAUACCACAGCUUCGCUGCUUUACCAUCACAUCAACAUGAAGUUCCUACUUCACACGGCUUUGCUGGCCACGGUCACGAUCGCCGCACCAACUGCACACUGGGGACAGGAAUCUGAAGCCCAUGGCGGACGAGGAGCAUACAAUGGUUGGGACGAAUCUUCAAAAGCAGCCUCAUACGCCGACUUUGGCCGAGCAUGGCACCAUGGUCGAGGAUCGAAGCGAGGAUCAUGCGAUCUCAAGAAUGCAGUGAUGCCAGCAG